UUGUAGUCAGCUUUAUUACUCUCCAUCAUGGCUGCAUUCCCUCCCCUUAAAAACGACCUCAUCAUUAGAGCAUCCAGAGGUGAGAAGGUUGAGCGUGUACCUGUAUGGAUUAUGAGACAAGCUGGCCGUUACUUGCCAGAGUUUCAUGAGGUUCGCAAGCACCACAGCUUCUUUGAGAUUUGCCGUACUCCUGAAUUGGCCUGCGAGCUUACUCUGCAGCCUAUUGACCGUUACGGCUCUCUCUUGGAUGCCUCCAUCAUCUUCUCCGACAUCCUCGUCAUUCCUCAGGCCAUGGGACUUGAGGUCCAGAUGGUUCCUGGUCGUGGACCUGUCUUCCCUGCACCUCUCGUAACCCCGGCCGAUUUUGAGAGAAUGCAUAAACACGUCGACGUCGACAAGGAGCUUGAUUACGUCUACAAGGCCAUCACUUUGACCCGUCACAAGCUCGAAGGCCGUGUUCCCCUUUAUGGCUUUACCGGUGCCCCCUGGACACUGAUGGCCUAUAUGAUUGAGGGUGGUGGCAGCAAGACUCUCUCAAAGGCCAAGGCCUGGUUGUGGCAACACCCAGCCGAGACCCACGAUCUUUUGCAGCGUAUUACUGACGUAGCCGUUACAUUCUUGGUUGGACAAGUCAGAGCUGGUGCACAAAUGCUUCAAGUGUUUGAUUCAUGGGCUGGUGAAUUGGGUCCCUAUGACUUUAAGAAGUACUCGCUGCCUUACAUCAAGCAGAUCUCUACUCGUGUCAAAAAGGAACUUAAGGAGGCCGGUCUUGACGUGGUCCCGAUGACGAUCUUUGCCAAGGGUGCCUGGUAUGCGCUUGAGGACUUGACUAACAUUGAGUACGAUGUUGUGUCACUGGAUUGGACAAUUGAUCCCGAAUAUGCGCGCAAGGUCACCAAGGACCAGGUUGUGCUCCAAGGAAACAUGGACCCCAACACUCUUUAUGCUCCCUUUGACACCAUCCGUGAGACUGCUACUCGUAUGGUAAAGGCAUUCGGUAAGGACAGUAAGCACAUCGGCAACCUUGGCCAUGGAAUUCUCCCUACUGUUGAUCCUGAAGCGCUUCGAGUCUAUCUCGAGACCAUCCAGACAGUUUCUGCUGAGAUUAGAAAGUAACAAAAUCAAAUCAAAUCAAAUAAAAAUAAAAUCCAUUAUUUGUUUGUUUUUUAUCUG